AUGAAUCAGAACUGGCUCCAUGGAUCUAGUUCAGGUUCAAAAUGGAAACGUCCUGAACUGAGUCUCAAGGGUGUCCAGCACACCAUGCAAGCAGGCCAGACGCUGUACCUGAAGUGCAGGGGAGAGGCUGCCCAUUCGUGGUCUCUGCCGGACACAGUGAAUAAGGAAAGUAAAAAGCUGAGCAUCACCAAGUCAGCCUGUGGGCGGAAUGGUAGCCAGUUCUGCAGCACUUUGACCUUGACCGCGGCGCAGCCGGAACACACUGGCUUUUACAGCUGCAAGUAUUUGUCUAAACCUGCUUCAAAGAAGACGAGAACAGAAUCGGCCAUCUAUAUAUUUAUCAAUGACCCAGGCCGGCCUUUCAUACAGAUGCACUCUGAUAUCCCUGAAAUCGUGUAUAUGACAGAAGGCCAGGAGAUGGUCAUACCCUGCCGGGUCACGUCGCCCAACAUCACGGUGACAUUAACAAAGUUUCCACCUGAUGAUCUGAUCCCCGAUGGAAAAAGAAUCAUUUGGGAUAGUACAAAGGGUUUCAUCAUCACAAAUGCAACAUACAAAGAAAUCGGGCUUCUGAUCUGUCAAACAACAGUCGACGGACAUUUGUACCAAACACACUAUCUAACACAUCGACAAACCAAUACAAUCAUAAAUGUUCAGAUGAGUACACCAAGUCCAGUCAAAGUAUUCCUAGGUGAUAAGCUUACUCUCAACUGUACUGUUAUCACGGCUUUAAACACCAGAGUUGAAAUGAACUGGAGUUGCCCCCGGAAAACAAUUAGGAGAGCUUCCAUAAUGCAAAGGAUUGACCGAAGCAAUUCACAUGCCAAUGUAUUCUACAGUGUUCUUACUAUUGACAACGUGCAAAAAAAAGACAAAGGACUGUAUACUUGUGAAGUGAAGAGUGGACCAUCAUUCAAAUCUGUCAACGCCUCAGUGCAUGUAUAUGAUAAGGCAUUCAUCACUGUGAAACAUCGAAAUGAGCCAGUGAUGGAGACCAUAGCUGGAAAGCGCUCCUAUCGGCUGUCUACGAAAGUGAGGGCUUUUCCAUCCCCUAAAGUUGUAUGGUUGAAAGAUGGGUUUCCUGCCACUGAGAAAUCUGCCCGCUACCUGGUUCGUGGCUAUUCAUUAAUUAUCAAGGACGUUACUGCAGAAGACGCAGGAAAUUACACCAUCUUGCUGAGCCUAAAGCAGUUCAACGUGUUUAAAAAUCUUACCACCACACUCAUCGUCAAUGUGAAACCCCAGAUCUAUGAAAAAGCUGUGUCACCGGUAUCAGAACUUACUCUCUACCCGCUGGGCAGCAGGCAGGUCCUCACUUGCACCGUUCAUGGAGUCCCACAACCUACAGUCCAGUGGUUCUGGCAGCCCUGCCUUCACAACACUUCCAGAGAAAGAUCUGACUUUUGUUCCAGUAACGAAGAGUCCGUUCUCCUGACCCCUGACAGCAACGUGGGAAACAGAAUUGAAAGCAUCCCUCAGCGCAUGGCAGUAAUCAAAGGGAAAAAUAAGACGGCUAGCACCUUGGUUGUGGCUGACUCUAGAGUUUCUGGAAUCUACAGCUGCAUGGCUUCCAAUAAAGUAGGGACUUUGAAAAGGAACAUAAGCUUUUAUGUCACAGAUGUGCCCAAUGGUUUUCAUGUUCACUUGGACAAAACGCCCACGGAAGGCGAGGACCUGAAACUGUCCUGCACAGUUAACAAGUUCUUAUACCGAGACAUCACUUGGAUUCGACUUCGGACCCUGAAUAACCGGACCAUGCACCAUAGUAUCAGCAAGCAAAAAAUGGCAGUUGUCAAAGAGUACUCCACGACACUGAAUGUGACCAUCAAAAACGUUUCCCUGGAAGACUCAGGCACCUAUGCCUGCCGAUCCAGGAACGUGUUCACAGGGGAAGACGUUCUCCUGAAGAUAGAAGUGACAAUUAGAGAUCAGGAAACUCCACACCUCCUGAGAAACCUCAGUGACCAAACGGUGACCAUCAGCAACUCUACCAUUCUAGACUGUCACGCUAAAGGUGUACCAGAGCCUCAGAUCACCUGGUUUAAAAACAAUCACAAAAUACAACAAGAACCUGGAAUCAUUCUAGGGCCAGGAAGCAGCACGCUGUUCAUCGAGCGAGUCACAGAGGAGGAUGAAGGUGUCUACCUGUGCAAAGCCACCAACCAGAAGGGCUCUGUGGAAAGCUCGGCUUACCUCAAGGUUCAAGGAACCUCGGAUAAGUCGAAUCUGGAACUGAUCACUCUGACGUGUACAUGUGUGGCAGCAACUCUCUUCUGGCUCCUACUGACUCUCUUUAUCCGAAAAUUGAAAAGGUCUUCUUCUGAAACAAAGACUGAGUACUUCUCCAUCGUAAUGGAUCCAGAUGAAGCUCCGCUGGAUGAACAGUGUGAACGGCUUCCUUACGAUGCCAGCAAGUGGGAGUUUGCCCGAGAGAGACUUAAACUAGGAAAAUCACUGGGUCGAGGAGCUUUUGGAAAAGUGAUCCAAGCAUCUGCAUUUGGCAUUAAGAAGUCACCCACAUGCCGGACGGUGGCUGUGAAAAUGCUGAAAGAGGGGGCCACUGCCAACGAGUACAAAGCUCUGAUGACUGAGCUCAAGAUCUUGACCCACAUUGGUCACCAUCUGAACGUAGUCAACCUGCUGGGCGCCUGCACCAAGCAAGGAGGGCCUCUGAUGGUAAUUGUGGAAUACUGCAAGUAUGGGAACCUAUCCAACUACCUCAAGAGCAAACGCGACCUGUUCUUCCUAAACAAGGACGCAGCAUUGCACAUCGAGUCAAAGAACGAAAACUCGGCGCCAGAGCUGGAGCAAGACAAGAAACCACGACUGGAUAGUGUCAGCAGCCACGAGAGCUUCGCCAGCUCAGGGUUCCAGGAAGAGAAAAGUCUGAGUGAUGUGGAGGAAGAGGAGGAUCCGGACGAUUUCUACAAGGAGCCCAUCACCAUGGAAGAUCUAAUUUCCUAUAGUUUUCAAGUGGCCAGAGGCAUGGAGUUUUUGUCUUCCAGAAAGUGCAUCCAUCGGGACCUGGCAGCGCGCAACAUUCUUUUAUCUGAAAACCACGUGGUGAAGAUCUGCGACUUUGGCCUCGCCCGAGACAUUUAUAAGGACCCUGAUUAUGUGAGGAAAGGCGAUACUCGGCUGCCUCUGAGAUGGAUGGCCCCGGAGUCCAUCUUCGACAAAAUCUACAGCACCAAGAGCGACGUGUGGUCUUACGGCGUAUUGCUGUGGGAGAUUUUCUCUUUGGGUGGGUCUCCGUACCCGGGGGUGCAGAUGGACGAGGAUUUCUGCAGCCGCCUGAAGGAAGGGAUGAGGAUGCGGGCACCUGAAUAUGCAACUCCAGAAAUCUAUCAGAUUAUGUUGGACUGCUGGCACAAAAACCCCAAAGAAAGGCCAAGAUUUGCCGAACUUGUGGAGAAGCUUGGGGACCUGCUUCAAGCAAACGUGCAACAGGGUGGGAAGGACUACAUCCCCCUCAACUCCAUCCUGAGAGCAAGUAGUGGGUUUACGUACUCAACACCUGGCUUCGCGGACCACUUCUUCCAGGAAGAUGGUUCCGAUCCCAAAUUCCACUCUGGAAGCUCCGACGAUGUCAGAUACGUAAAUGCUUUCAAAUUCAUGAGCCUGGAAAGAAUCAAAACUUUUGAAGAACUCUCACCAAAUGGCACCUCCCUCCUUGAUGAUUACCACAUGGACAGCAGCACCCUGCUAGUUUCCCCGGUGCUGAAGCGCUUCACCUGGACUGAGAGCAAGUCCAAGUCCGCCUUGAAGAUUGACUUGAAGGUGAGUAGCCAGAGCAAGGAGUCGGGCCUCUCUGAGCUCCCCAGGCCGAACCUCUGCUCCUCCAGCUGUGGACACCUCCCCAGAGGCAGCUGCCGCUUCCCCUGCGACAACUCGGAGCUGGGGACAGACAUGACAUGCUGCUGCCCUCCCCCAGACUACAACUCAGUGGUCUUGUACUCCCCGCCCCCGGUCUGA